AUGUGGUUUUAUUUCUUUCAAAGUUCAUCGUCAUGGGAUUUAUACAAAAUUAUAUUUGAUAUAAUUAUUGAACUUAGACCAUGGACUUUAACUCAAUGGUUUCUUUUAACUACUAUUUCAAUGACAUUAACUACGUAUUUAAAUGUAUCUUUUUUCUCUACAAUUACGGUAAAUGUUGCUCAAGGUUUAAAAUAUCUCUUUCUAAUGAUGAUAUUUGAAAACAUUUCAUCAUAUUGUUUACUUAAACAAAGCUCAGCUAAGAAAAUUUUUGUUCUUGAUUUUCUUAAGCAUUUUCAAACAAAAUUAAAUCAACGAAUUCUUAGUGCGAAUUGGAUCAAAAUUAAAUUAUCUGAUCAAGUCGAAAUUCGACGAAAAAUUGAAGAAGCUUCAUCUUCUAUUCAAUUUCUUAUGGAAGACUUGAUUGCCCAUUUACAAGAAGUCUCAAAAUUGACUUUAACAAUCAUCACUGUAUUUUAUAUAUGUCCACUCGCAACUAUACUGAUUGGUAUUGUUUAUGUAUGUUUCUAUCGUUUCUAUUUGAACAAGCAAAGUAAGGAUUUACUUGAUAUCAAAUUAAAAAUAAACGAUAGAUAUGAUAAAUUACAAUCAAAGUAUUCACGAGCAAAUGCAAACAUGUUUGAAUAUGUUAUUCAUCAUGAAAAGGAUAAGAUUGUUCAAAUUACAAAUGAAUUAAAAGUUGAUAUGGAAAAACAGUGGUUUGAACUUGACUAUUUGUACGAUUAUUUAUCACUGAAAGAAGAUAUACUUGGUAAAUUAUGUACAUUUAUAACUAUUAUUAUUUAUUAUAUCUUGAAUGGGAUGAAUACAUUUAUUAUUCCAUUAUAUCACUAUCUAUCAACAUUAACUGGUAGUGUUCAUGAACUAUUAAUUGCUUAUAUUCGUUGGUUAAGAUUGAAAAAAGAUUAUGAUCUCGUUAAACCAAUAUUAGAAGAAUAUGAUGAACGAAUAAAUGUCGAACAGAUUGAUCUAAAAUAUGAAUUUCAAAUUCAAGAUCUUUCAUUUCAAUAUAAAGGAACAAGAGAAACUUUUCAUUUACAACUUGAUGGUUCACUCAGUUUUAAAAAGGGUGAAGUUAUAUUGAUUACUGGUAAAAGUGGAUCAGGUAAAUCAACAUUCUACGAUAUUCUAAAUGGUUCAAUUCCAAUGAAUGAUUAUUCAGCUAAAGUACAAAUUGAUAGUGAACAACAAUCAUCAAUACUUCAUUCCAUUGAAAAAUGUCGAACAAUGGUUUUACAAGAUAGUGAUAUGGACUAUCGAUCGACAAUUUAUAGUAUGGUUACAGAUAUUGAUGAAGAUGAAGUGAAUAAAAAUCGAACGCCUGAACUUGAUUCACUUGUAUGGGAAUUUUUACGUCUUGUUCAAAUUGAUGAUUUUAUUCGAGAUGAACUCAAUGGUGAUCUUGAUGAAGCAAUGGAAAAUAAAUUGAGUGGAGGACAAAAAAUGCGAUUGUUAUUGGCACGAGCUUUGUAUCGUGCUCAUAAUCGUAAUUCUUCACUAUUGAUUCUAGAUGAACCAGAUAAAGGUUUACCUGCUGAAAUAACAAUUACUAUCAUUGAUAAUAUUAUGAAAUGGUACCGAUCGAAAGGUAUUCUUUUUCUUACACUACAUACUGAACGAGCGCAUAUGCUUAAUUUCGAUCAAACUCUACAUAUUGAUCAAGGAAUUAUUACUAAAAUCAAGUAA